AGUAAAAUUUCAUCGGGUGAGAAACGUGGUUUGUUGGAAGCAGCCGGAGAAGGUAGACGUUGCUCUGUAACUUGUGUAAACUUGUGAAAGAAAAAUAAAUUGUUAAAAAAAAGAAAAAGGCAGAAAGAACAGUUUAAGUACACAACUUAUAAACGAAAAACGAUGGAAAAUCAAAGCAACGAAGCUCCCGUUGCCGCUGCCGCCGCCGCGGAGGUAUCAUCGACAAGUGUGUCAUUAACAGCUCAGCCCGCAGAGCCAACAAAGCGCUCGCUGCGCGUUCAAACUUGGAAGAAAAUCCAGGAGGGCAAAGUUGGAAUCGGCUUUAAUGGCAUUUUCAACCGUAUUCCUGCGUUUGUUGAUGCCGAUAAGGCCGCUGCAUUGCUCAUUCAGGAGGAGGAGUUUAAGAAAGCACAGCACAUCAAAGUGAACAUUGAUCGCGCCUUGCACGAUUUUAAGGAAUUGUCCUUGCUGGCCAAUAAAUCCGUAUAUUUGCCCAGCACUCGCGACUCUCCCGCGCUUUGCCUUAAAGUCGAUGUGCCAGCCGAUGCCACCGAUGAGCAGAAGAAAGAAGCAUUGCGUGUCCAGGAUAUACAAAAAUUCCGUUCGGAAAUUGGUCUAGACACCAAUCUGAAGCUCGAUCUGGUUGUCAUUGGUUCGGUGGUCGUAUCACGUGAUGGCUAUCGCAUUGGACGUGGCAACGGUUUUGCCGAUUUGGACAUUGGUUUGCUCAUUGAGCUGGGCGUCAUAACCCCAGAAACGGCCAUUGUAACAAUUGUGCAUGACGUGCAAGUUGUUGAUACUUUGCCCGUAAACUUGUUCCAAAAAUACGAUACACCAGUGGACAUUAUUGUAACACCAACCGAGGUGAUACGUGUGGCCAAGCGCUUGCCACGUCCAAGUGGUGUUUUCUGGGAACUGUUGUCUGAACGUCGUUUGAAAAUUUUGCCUGUGCUGCAGCAACUUAAGGAGCAGCUGGAGAAAUCGGGUAAGAAGAUAACAUUGAAGGAGGAGGAUACCGAUAUUGAGCAGCAUCAGAAUAGUAGACGCCGUCGUGGACCGUUGCGUCGUCGCUUCCAACGAGGAAACCCAGGACGCACCACCUCACAGACUGACAACGAACAACAAGGCGAUAAUACGCAGAAGCGUACACCACGCCGCAAAGGUCGUUUUAUCAACCGUCGCAGACGCACAAACAAGUCUGAGGGCGACCAGUCUGGAGUCGAGGUUGGUGUUAAGAGUGAAGAUCGUAAAUUUGAUGAGGGUGGUGCGGGUGAACGUCGCCCUAAGAAGAAGAAUCGUCCGCAUCGUGAUUUCUGUGUUAAAUUGACAAACCUGACACGCGACAUUCGUGUUAAGGAUCUGAAGACAGAGCUGCGUAAACGCGAAUGUAAUCCAUUGUCGAUUACAUGGAAGGGUCACUUUGGAAAGUGUUUCUUGCACUUUGGAAAUCGCAAUGGCGCUCCAAGCACCCAAGAUGAUGUUGACAAGGUGCUCAAGUCGCUAAACGAUCUCUCGCUGACCAUCACCACCGGUGGUGAAACAGCACCGGCCGCGGGAGCCGAAGAGCCACCAGCUGAGACCGCGAAUGCACCAAUGCAAACGAAAACCAUCAAUGUCAAUGUGGAGCUACUUAAGUUUGGCGCCAAAAAGAAUGCUGGUGGCAACACCAGUGCUGGUGAGGGUGGUAAUGCCAAUGUGAAUGGCGAGGACGGUAGUGCUGGUAAUGUCGGCGAGGGUGGCGCUUCACGUAUUGAGUCUGUGGACACAACCACAGUAUAGUAUGACCAAUUCGGUAGCGCUGCCACAAAAA